UAGUGGUCAAAAAAUAUUUAAACAUUUAUUUCACCCUGAGGAUAUUCUUGAUUACGUUCCGUAAACCAUGAGUUUUUUUUUCUGUGGCUAUCCACGAACGACGUUUCCAACCAGCGACAUUAUCGUCGGCUGGUGUACUUGACCAAAAAAACCAAUAAAAAGCCGUGAAAAUGUUGGGACGUAUCGCGCCUGGUGUCGCCCAGGUGACGGCGGUGGUCAGUCACCAGCAGAACAGGAAUAUGGCCACUCUAAAGGCCAUUUCCCUCCGUCUGAAGUCCGUAAAGAACAUUCAGAAGAUCACCCAAUCCAUGAAGAUGGUGUCCGCUGCCAAGUACACCCGUGCUGAGCGUGACUUGAAGGCUGCGCGCCCGUACGGAGAGGGUGCUGCCCAGUUCUAUGACAGAGCUGAGGUCCAGGCACCUGAAGAUGAGCCUAAGCAGCUCUACAUUGCCAUGACCUCCGACAGAGGUCUGUGCGGCGCCGUCCACACCGGCGUCUCCAAGGUCAUCCGUCUCCGCCUGGCCGAGCCCGGCGCCGAGAACAUCAAGGUCAUCUGUGUUGGCGACAAGUCCCGCGCUAUUCUGUCGCGUCUUUACGGCAAGCACAUCAUCUCCGUGUGCAACGAGAUCGGUCGCCUCCCCCCCACCUUCCUGGACGCCGCUAAGCUCGCCUCCGGCAUCCUCACCUCCGGCUACGAGUUCGGCUCCGGCAAGAUCAUCUACAACAAGUUCCGCUCCGUCGUGUCCUACGCGCAGGCUGACCUGCCCCUGUUCAGCAGGAAGGCUGUCGAGGCGGCCCCGAAGCUGGCGGUGUACGACUCGCUGGACUCGGAGGUGCUGCAGUCCUACAUGGAGUUCUCGAUCGCCUCCAUGCUCUUCUACGCUCUCAAGGAGGGCGCGUGCUCGGAGCAGUCGUCGCGCAUGACGGCCAUGGACAACGCGUCGAAGAACGCGGGCGAGAUGAUCGACAAGCUCACGCUCACCUUCAACCGCACGCGCCAGGCCGUCAUCACGCGCGAGCUCAUCGAGAUCAUCUCCGGCGCCGCCGCGCUCGAGUAGCGCUCCUGCUGCGGCCGCGGAUCCGGUCCGGACCGGCUCGGGACUUGCGGGGCGUCCGUACAUUCGAGACUUGCCUGUUUAUUAUUCGUAAAUAAAAAAAUCAAAUCAAAAAUCAAAUUGCUUUGUCGAAAUUGCUCUAAUACAGCUUAAUAAUUAGAUAUUGUAAGUAUUCAAAGUGUUAGGGUCUGCCAUCUUGUGGCCUGAAUCGGUACCGUAAACAUGUACAUUUACCCGUCACGUGUUUUCUAGUGCAUAGUAGGUGCUGCCAUCUUGUGGGCUACAUGGGAACAAUAAACAUCACAUUUACGCCUCGCGCCAAAAAUCUGUACGGCUCCUGUGCUGCCUCCUACAGUUCAUGCACGCUCCCUAUUAGAGUGACUUUCGACCGGAGAUGUGCUAUGCUUUAAAUAUAGCAUAGCUCAGCAUAGCACUCUGGUCGAAAGGCAACCUUACGUUUCACGCCCCGCCAUAGUAAUUGAACAGUCAUGAAAGCAAAUAAGCCUGUAGAUAAAAUAUCUUUCUGUAAAAAAUAUGAUAUAUAUCCCCUUGGUAUGGUUUAUCGCCAAGUAGUAUCUUUCUAGCACUAUUUGUGCAAAAAAGAAAUGCUUUUAACUAGGGGUUCAACAGUCUAAAAAAAGCUUGAAAUUCGUUGUCAGAGUAAUCAUUGUUUUAUUUAUAUUAUACUGCCGUUUAUGUAAUCAAUAGAAAAAUGUACCAUAUUCCUGACAUUAUCGAACGGUGUUCACAUUUAUUUGUAAAAAACACGCAUUUAUAUACAUUACUGGCUUAAACACCUUUUUAUAAAUAUAUUUGGACACGGUUAGAUGAGGUCCAAUGUCGAUCAUGGUUGGAACUCAACGGUGAAAGUGGUGGUUUAAAUAAAGUAUCAUUUAGAUUUA